ACAGGAAGACCAGGGCUCCCAGGAGACAAAGGUGCCAUGGGGAUCCCUGGAAGGCCGGGACUAAAAGGGCAACCCGGAGAGAAGGGUGCUCCAGGAGAAGCAGGCAUGUCUAUCAUCGGGCCUCGUGGUCCACCCGGACAGCCUGGAACAAGAGGUUUUCCUGGAUUCCCGGGCCCUAUUGGCUUGGACGGCAAACCGGGUCAUCCUGGACAGAAGGGAGACAUGGGUGCUGCCGGUCCCAGAGGACAACCUGGACCUCCAGGACAGAAAGGAGAAAAGGGUCAGUGCGCAGAGUACCCGCACAGGGAAUACCUAAGUACCACCCUUGCAGCCCUGCGCUCUAACCAGAUCCUUACGCUGAAGCUGUUGCCUCUCCUCAAUUCAGUGCGGCUGGCUCCACCUCCGGUCAUAAAGAGACGCACUUUCCAGGGUGAACAAGGACAAGCAGGAAUCCAAGGUCCCCCGGGGCCCCCUGGCCCACCAGGACCUGCUGGACCAGCUGGACCUGAAGGAACUCCAGGACAGCCUGGGCCAAUUGGGCCACCUGGCAGAGUGGGAGAACCUGGGAAGCCUGGCAGAGAUGGGAAGGGCUUACCUGGGCCUCCUGGACCAAAGGGAGAUCCUGGGAUUCAGGGAUACCCUGGCCGAAAGGGUGAGGUGGGCGAGUCAGGCCUGCCUGGUGCACAUGGCCUCCCUGGAGCUACUGGCCCCAAGGGUGAAAAAGGGGACGCCGGCAUAAAGGGGGAGAGAGGCAUGCCAGGGCUGCCAGGAAGACAUGGCACUAAGGGCGCUCCUGGGACGGCCGCCGCAGGGAUGAAGGGCGAGCCUGGGACUCCAGGAGAAAAGGGAGAUCCUGGAGUGCCAGGGAGGAUGGGCCCCCCAGGUUUGCCAGGGAAGAGGGGGCAGCGGGGUGAGAAAGGACGAACUGGUGACCCUGGGCUUCCUGGACUCCCUGGAGUGAAGGGAGAGAAGGGAAGUGCUGAGAAUGCCCUGGUGGGAAUUAAAGGAGAACCUGGCCCUCCAGGUCUGCCUGGGCCCCCUGGACCAAAGGGAGAAGCUGGUGAUGUUGGCCGGCCUGGUGGUGAAGGGUCACGAGGGGAAAAGGGGGAACCUGGUUCACCAGGAGAACAGGGACCUAUGGGCCCAAGGGGCCCCAAAGGAGAGCCUGGGAAGGACGAAAUGAUGGACUAUGAUGGUAACAUCAGUGAAGCUCUCCAGGAAAUAAGAACUUUGGCCUUGAUGGGACCCCCAGGACUUCCGGGUGUGGCUGGACCUCCAGGGCCACCAGGGCAGAAGGGUGAAAUUGGCUUGCCAGGUCCUCCAGGCCAUGAUGGAGAAAAGGGUCCACGUGGCAAGCCUGGAGAAAUGGGGCCCCCUGGCCCUCAUGGAUUGCCAGGAAAGGAUGGACCACCUGGAAUAAAGGGAGAGCCAGGCCAGAUUGGGGUCACAGGAGAGAAGGGCGACAAAGGAGAGCCAGGACAAGCCGGCUCACCGGGUCUUGAUGGCCCCACUGGAGAGAAAGGCGAACGAGGUGACCAAGGGAUGCCAGGACCAUCAGGAUUGCCAGGUCCCAUUGGACUUCCAGGAUUGACAGGAGAGAAGGGUGAGCGUGGAGACAAAGGAAGCCCUGGAGAAUCGAUGUCUGGCCCCCCUGGACCUCAAGGCCCACCAGGACCUCCAGGUCUUCAGGGCCUGCCAGGACCCAAGGGGGAAGCAGGGAUUGAUGGAGUGAAAGGAGAGAAGGGUGCCCAGGGUGAAAAAGGAGACAGAGGGCCACUGGGAUUACCUGGUGCUUCAGGUUUAGACGGCAGGCCUGGACCACCGGGUACUCCAGGACCAAUUGGGGCUUCAGGACCAGCAGGACCAAAAGGAGAAAGGGGUAGUAAAGGAGAUCCUGGAGUUGUAGGACCAAUGGGGCCAGCAGGGCUUCCUGGUUUACAAGGUCUACCUGGUGACAAAGGGAUGCGGGGGGAGAGGGGCAAGAAAGGCUCUAGAGGGUCUAAAGGGGAUAAGGGAGACCAAGGAGCACCUGGAUUAGAUGCACCCUGUCCGUUGGGUCUCCGAGGUUUUAAAGGCGAGAAGGGUGAGCCGGGGUUACCCGGGCUGGACGGCCUGGAUGCCCCAUGCCCAUUGGGGGAAGAUGGCCUUCCAGUUCAAGGCUGCUGGAAUAAGUGAUGAUUCUAACCCUGGAGUGGCCUGUGUGUGUUACUGUACAUAGAAUAUUUAUUUUUAUACAGUGUUCUUCUUUGAAAUGCCCAAAGUUAUGCAUUUUGUCAACUUAUCAAAAAGCUGCAUAUUUUUUUUGUACAGAAAAUACUAGAUGUCCCUUCUUCCCUAUUUGGCAGUUCUCGGUAUAAUUCAGUGUCUACAUUAUGCUUGUUUUUGUUAUGGAGUACAGCUGUAAUAUUUACAUGAUAUUUGUGCACACCUGAUGGAUAUAGGAACUUAAUAAAUUAUUGCAUUACAAGCGCCCAGAGGAACUGCCCUGUAUAGAUUUAAAGGUCAUUUUCAUUUUCAGAGCUGGAAUGGUUCAAGAAUAUUUCAAACUGUUAUGUAUUUUUUAUUAAAGUGAAAUAUUAACGUUUCUCUGCUGACUAAAUUAAGGUGUUGCUGGAAAACCUGACAGCAGCUGCUGAGUGCUGGGAACACAGAGAUGACAUGAUUAAUAAUUAUCAAACAGAUUCUGCUUCUUGAUCAGGUUCUGACGGCCAAGUGCAGCCUCCAGCAGCUCCUCUUGAGGCUUCUUCUUAGCCAUGCAGGAGCAGCAAAACCUUUUAUAGGAGAUAUGGAGUUGGAGAGUACAAAGAGAACCUCUCAGCCUCUUGCCUCUGGCUAGAACAGAGCAGCUCCCACGAGCUGGAAAUAAUAAUAAAUAGAAAUAAAAAAGAGCACCUCCCAUGAGCUGGAAUAACCCUCCUGACAACAGGCCCUGGUCUGCAAGAAAUUCUACCACCUUUCUAAAUUGCAGGCCUGCAAGGAGCUUAAUUAAAGCCUCAUUUAGAAUUAAGCAUAUGGCAGAGUGCCUCGACGAGAUUCUAAUGAACGUUUAUUAGAGAAAUCAAUCCAUGUGGCUUUUUGAAAUGUUAACCAAAGGUCGCAUGCUAAUUCGCAGAGUGUGUCAUUAUAAUUUGCAUAUGUACCUCUUAAUUAUCCUUCCUGACCUACCUUUGUUAUUAUCUUGAGUCUAAAGCACCUAUCAAGAAAAAUUACAGUCAGGCUAAAGUGGACAUCACAAUAUUCUUUUCUAGAGAAGAUAAGCAAAGCAGAGGAAGCCUCAGUCUGUUCCUUUGCUCCUUUGUGUAGGAGAAAGUUUGCAUGCCCAAGGUUUCAGAGAGUUGAGAAAAGCUGUUUAAAGCUCCCAACAGAGAAACACGAGCAGCAAUUCAUCAGACUGCUCCACUCAAGUCCUGCUCUUUGCUUGAUGCUGCCGCUACAGGAGGUCAGUGCCCUCUCCCAUAGCAUCGCUGUAGUUUUUGCCACUUGGACCACGGGUUUCUCCUAGCUACAGCUCUGCCAGCUGACGUGAUCAUCAUCACCUCCUAUACUCGGUUAUUCAUCUCUCGAUAAGCUAUUAAAUAGUUAUUUUUUCCCAUUUGUUUCCAUAUAGCCUUUUAGCACCAAAGCAGAGUGAGAGAUGUGAUUCUUUUGUACACAGAGGAAAAGGCCUGCCAGGGACUGCCUAGGGAAGCAAGGACAGUCCUUGACUGUCACCUCCCCCUUUCAGACGUUUAUUGAUCCUUCAUCUAAAAAGCAGUGAGGUUUCUACCACCCAGUGUCCUUUGCCUUUCUGGCCUACAGGCUGUUUCCAGCUCAAAUUGCUCUUGCACUUAGGAAACGCCUUGCUGCUUCCAACCUAAACCAAUCCAUGGUAUUUACAACCAAUUCUUCUCAUGCCAACAUUGUCCUUUGGAUGAAACUUUUCCAUGUGUGAUGUAUUCAUGAGAUGCUUGGGGUGCUGGAAAUAGCACAGAAAGAAAAUUAAAUGCAGAGCAGCAAGGGUUUCUUGCUUGUUUUCUCAGUAACAUCUUGUUAAGAUAAGGCCCAGCCUCCUGUGACAAGGCUUUGCAGCUGGGAAGCUUAGCUAAAUAGAAAGACUCUUGUUUAAAGGAGUGCCCCACAGCUCUGGGGCUGUAACAGCACACCUGUUAAACCAGUUACUGAAGACCCAACCUGCUAUGCUGAGAGCUUUGGAAGGUUGUAGGAGGAGUAGCAGCAGUGAGUUUCUUCUUUGGUCUCAGUGCUUGCCUCACAGGGUAGGUAGUUUGAAUGCUCUUUUCUCUUCCACAAAUGCUGGUAAUGUUUAAUUUUCAAAAGCUUGUAGCUCCCUGGAGGAAUCUGCCAAUGCAUCCUGUUGUCCUUGGUGCCUGGAGUGUGGUUUUGUUCUGUAGCUGUUAUUUAUGAGUGCACUGCAUGGGGCUGUCUUCAUGUGGGUUUGUGUGAUCUAACAGCAAACAAAGCAUGUCUCUGCUACCUUGUCUUGACACUGCCACUGAAGGGUAGUCUCCAGGUGAUGCUGGAUCUAGUUUUGUUUCUUGGGCUGGUUUUCAACCGAUAAAUUUUUGAGAGAGAAGGCUCCUGUCUGAACCACAGGGUAGGUGUUGAAACGUAGUUGCUAGAGUUCUUGGAUGUACCUGACUUGUGUCAGAAAAGAAGUAGGGGAGGGGAGGCAGAGCAAAAUAGGAUUGUUUUGCUUCACUUUCAGCUUUGCCCUAGGGUGAUUGCUCUGUUGUCAGUAGGGAUGCUCCUGGUACACACCACUGCAAACCACAAUAACUAUUGUGCCACAGCUUCCACGGGGCUCAGCCAGGUUCUGUCAACAAAAAACAGACAUACAACACAGAGUGGCAACAUGUGCUCUCAUCCUCGUUCCUUUUUUCUUCUUCAUUCUCUCAUAGCAUUGGUUUGGCUUCAAAUUAGCUUCUGGGCUCUGAAGGUUCUUAUUGUGUGCAGCAUCGUUCAUGACCUCCUGAGACUUGUUCUGUGUUGCCUUUGGUUUACCCUUAAAAAGCUGAGCUUGUGGCAGCAAAAAGCAUUUAAAAACCUUUCUGAAACUGACAUUUAGGAGGAGAGGCUACUGACUUGAAAAUGUGAUUAAUUUCUACUUUCACUUGCAAGUCAGCAGCAAAUUUAGCAUUCCAGUUAAAGAGACUUUUAGCCUGCACCUGAGAACUCAGCUCUUAGAAUUCACCCUUCAAGGCCACUGAGGUAGCUAAUCCUGAUGGAUUCUCUUGCAAGCAGGCACCUCGAUGCUUUUGUGAGCUCUGCCUGUGACACAAGUGCAGGCAGAUGGUGCCUAGUGUGUAUAGCUAUUGUGGCAGCCUCAGAGUGCCCCUCUGUAAGGUUUGCCUCUGUUGGGCAUUAUUCAUGAGUGUCAUAUAGCUGACUCCUGAGAAAACACAGCACCUUCCAUAGCACACGGAGAGAGAGGACAAGGAACCGAGACUAUUGGCAGCAGUUGCACCAAAAUAUAGGCUGAAAGACAACUGACUAGUGCUGGGGGGGAAAGUAUGCAUGAGGUAUCUGCUAUCCUGUCAUAAAGGUCAGGAAAUGGAAAAUGUCACCGUGGUGGCUGCAGUCUACAGCCUGGUGUUUUUAACUGAAGUAGGUUAGGUAGCUGCUCCAGGCUGCUGGUCCUACAGCCAUCGAUGUUUAUACAGUCCUCUCAGACACUGGGGAUAAAUUAGAGGUUGUGAAUCACUGAAGCUCUAUUCAUCAGCUGCUCUGCCCCAACAAGCAGCAUCUGUGCCUUGCAUUUCAACACCCAAAUGGUAGAAGCUGGACUUGCACCACUCUGGAUUUGACAGUUUAGUGUCAAAGUCUGUCCCUACUAAAACCUGUAACUGGGUUGCUGUCACUGCUGCUGCCUGUUAAUUUUGCAUGGCCACUUAUAUGUGAAACUCUUUGUCUGCUACUUCAAGGGUCAGACUCCCUGGUUGAUAGCCAAAAAGUGAGACAAGUCCGAGGGUGGAGAAGCUUGGGGAAUGACAGCAGAAUGAAAGGAGAAGGGUCUUCCUGAAGAUUUGCUGGAGAUGUUUUGCAAGUUCCCUCCCUGGAGCUUGGGAAGAGUUCUUCACUGCACACCAGGAGUCUGGGCCCAGAUGCUGCUUGUUGGGGCUGCAGGAGCUCCGUCUGCCAGCACUUUCUGCUUUGCUUUCUCUUUUCCCCCAGAGCCCAGUGGCAGGGCUCGAAUAUGACACCAUUUAUAUCCUUUCUCUUCGGUCAGUUUUACUUCACUCUAUUAUUGCAGUCAGACUCUUCAGAUGAAGAAUUAGGCUAAUUUUCCAGCAGCUGCUCUAUAAAUGAAUACAAGACAUGGACAAUAUUUUGGGGAGAGUUCCUUUGAUCCAAGGCUGAGGACCUUGAAAAACUACCUGCAGAACACCAGUGAAUCCCCCUCCUAUUUAGUUCAGAGUGCUGCUCAGAGAGGACAUGAUAGACUUGUUUGCUACCCUUUCUGGUUACCAGAUGACAAACUUCCAUCUAUAUCAUUGAUGAUUCCAUCUUUAACCUUUCCAUCACUAACUUUCUUCUCCUAUUAAAUUAUAAAGAAUGUUUUUUAAUUUUUUAAACUUUGUUUUUGCUGAAAAGAGAAAAACCAUGCUGGAUUCUGAAGCCAUUAAAAGUCCUGACAGAGUUGGAAAAUGUGGGGAAAAAGUCUGGUUUUGCUGUAUAAUUUCUUUGCUUCCUGUGCUUUUGCUUUGGUCUCCACCAUGUGCACUGGGUGUAUUUUGUCUGGAGCCCUCCAGGAAUAUUGUUCUGCUGGCCUGUUAAAGCCCUUUUUGUGGGCACUUCUCAACAGAUGUGCUUCCAGGUGGAAAAUAAGGAUCAAGGGGGUUAAACUCUGCUGUCACAUGUUGUAAUACGUUCACUGAAAGGAAAUGAAGUUUGGCACAGUACUAAGGGGCACAGAGGACAUUCUCCAGCUGCCUGAUGGGCAGAAUAUACAACUCUGGACACUUCAUACCAACUGCCAGGCAAAUCUGGCAUCCCUUACUCAGCUUCCCCUGCUGAAGAUUAAAUUCCAUUCACGUGGACUCUAGAGUGUCUCUCCACCACAGCAAUUUAUUUAACCCCUUAAAAUUAAUUAUUAAGUACAUAUUUUACCAAUGUGACUCAUAACAUUUCUACUUCACCGAGUGCGUUGGGAAUCACACUCUCCCAAGAACUGAAACAUCUUUAGCUUUGAGCCUGUGUUUCCCCUUAGCCUAAGUGAUGCUAUUUGCAUGUGUAAGUACUCUGGUGAAUCAGGGCCAUUGUUAUUGGAGUUAAUGGAAGAUACGAUCUAAAUCAUUCAGCAGAGCUAAAUGAUAAGCAAUUCACCUCACAGUUCAGAGAGAAAGUGCUGACUUCAAGUUCAAAGUGAUGCCUUUUAAACCAGAGUAAGUCCCAGGAAGGCAAUAACCUCUGUUCAGACACCCUCUGACAACUCAGCUGGAAUAAUCCUGACCUUCCGACCAGGAUGCCUGUACCCAGCACCCAUCUCCUUCUCCCAGAGCAGGGAAAGCCUCUGCUAAACUAACUCCAGGAUUACUAAGGGGAGGGAGUUCUGCUUGGCGAUAUAUCUGAAGAACUGCAGUUUCCUCUUUAGACUUCUGGCAGAUGUAUUCAGUCGAUAGUGUAGCAAGGGAAGAAAUUUUAUCGGCUGGGAACUGUCCUGGUGAAAGGGUUAAUUUAUUUUAUUAAUAAUUUUUUUUUUGUGGAGGGGGGAGGAGGGAGAAUCUGACUGGAACUGCAGGCGGUGGGUGUGCUUUCUUCUUUUUUUUAAAUGGAAGCUAUUUUAUAUGUAUAUAUAUAGUUUGAUAACGUGACUUUGCUUUUUAUCAAUAAUUUGGGGGGCAAUUUGUUUGCUCUUUUCUGUUUUCUUGUGUUUUGGGGUUGUUUUUUUCCUAGAUGUGUUUUAACAGGCUUUUGAAUGAGAUUGUAGACGCCUCUCACCUAAAAUGUCCUAAGGACAUUGCUAGUGUGUUUUGGCGUUAUUUUCACUCUGAGUUCAGUAGUAGACUGGUGCUUUCCAUAGGCAAACCAGUUUUUAGUGGGGGGAAACAUAUCCACACAGGCUGUGCCUAGGGACCAGGUACCAGUGACCUCUCCCAGACGGAAUGGUCUCUCCAAAACUCUUAACAAAUUCAAAAGGGCUAUGUUAGGGACCAGUGUAUUGAUAAUGGUCUCUUCUGAUCUUAGGUGGUCUGUCAUAAAGCAGUUGGGUCUGGCAAGGGUUGCUGUCUCCUCCUCAGCAGCAUUCUGCAGCCCAAAACCUUAGGCUUAGCUAGAAAGUUCUUGAAGCAGCAAGUAAAAAAAGUUUUUUGUUUUUGUGUUUUUUUUUUUUCCUUGAAAACAACAAGCUCUUGGUAGAUACCUACAGAAGCGUUGUUGUCUUUUGCUGUUGUUUUGCCUCCUCUGAAUUCAGCUUAUCUUUAGGGGUUGCUUCACUUUAAGCCUACGUGCAAAUGCUUUGCUGGAUGAGGGUCUUGCUUUAUUUUAUGCUUUGGAGAUUGAUUUUUCCCCCCGCUCCGUUUCCUUGGUUUUUUGUUGCAAUUGCUUUCAGAUGUCUUUGUCCCAGACAAAAUGGCUGCUUUCUUUUCUGUGUUUCUAGAAAAUCUAUGCUGGCCACAUUUUGAUAAUUUUCCCCCUCACUUGGACUAUUUAUCCUUCCUGCUAUACUCCCUUCUCUUUCUGUACCCCUUCCAUGUCAGUUUGAUCUGACAAAAAUACCAAGGCAAAACAUAAAUGAAGCUUAUAGCUGUUUGUUGGUAGUUUUUGGAGUUGACUGUAAAGUUUCUACUGUUUGAAAUGCUGGGCAGCAGACCAGUUUAGCUUUGUAGCUUUAGAAAGAGUUUCUUGGCUUGUUGAAGUUAAGUUUAUUUGUUCAUUUUUUUUUUUUAAAAACAGACUCAGAAUUAGUCAGACUAUUGCAGCUUUGUUGUUGUUGUUAUUGUUUUUUAAGAAAACCUGCUAAACUUUUUCUGCAAAAUGUAACUGUUUAAGUGUGGGCACAGAGUUUAGCAGGUUAGACAUAACACUGGUAGGUAGUAGUCUGGUUGUGAAGCCCGUGGAGUGGAACUCAUAUUCCUGCUUUCCGCUGUGUGCGUGGUUUGUCAGUCCAUUGUCUCUGGUGAGGGGUUGCUGGGAGCGUGAAAUUCCAUUUUGUGAUAAUUCCAUUGUUUUCUCACACUAAUGUGUAAAAAAAAAUUGCUUCAGUAAAUCUUCCCUUCUCCCCUCCUGCAAAGAUUUGCUUUUAUCCUGGUGUUGCACACAAGCCACAGCACCACAGACCAAGCAGUUGAACCCUCUUGGGUUGAGUACUCCUAUAAAGUAAUCUACACGAUUUAUCUAUUACUCCUUCUUGUCCCUCAUCAUUUUACACCUGAAGACAGGGCAAAUUGGGGCAGAGCACUGUCACUGUCAUGUGUCUCACCCACCCCAGUAGAAGGAGGACUGUGAGGCACCCCUUUGAGGCAAUGUGGAAUAGACUGAUUGUACAACCUUCUCAGAGUGUUUAAGUACGGAAAAUUGCCUCCAGAUGUUGAGCAGCAUAGUAGUGGGAAGGAAAAUCUGAUAUACAGAGGAAGCCUGCAGCUGUCGCGGGCUCUUCAGUGGCACAACUUGCAGUGCCUGUUACAGACCACAUCUACAUUACCAGUUUGUGCAGUGUAAGAAUAGGUCUGAAAAACAAAACAGGUCCUGCCAAGGAACUGUCUUGUUUCGGGCUUCAUUUUUGACUGCUCUAGUUUGGCCUAGUGGCUAAUGAAGUUAGUGAUCCAUUACCAUCUGUGGUUGAGACAUAUGAGGCAUGCAGCUGGAGCUCACCACCUGGUUCAGUUUCAUCUGUUCAGAGACCCUUUUGUGCUGUGAGCCAACAACCAGAGUAUGGGCACAAUGGAAAGGUCUGCUUCAAAGGCACGCCUCUGGUCUGGAACAAGGUGCCAACGCAACAGCCUGCAACCUGCUCUAGAGCAUGUCUGCUCCUUAGCAUUCAGAGUCUUCACAAGGACAGAAGAACCACCUCCUUGAUGUACCUUCCCCACAUCUAGAAUGCUUGUCAUUGACACUGCCCUUGCUUCUCAUCUUUAUGUAAUUUGGACACCAAAUUCUUUGCUACUGAGACAUUUGCUGUCACACCUCUGCUCAUCAGCCAUCAUCAGUCAAACUUUACUGACCUCAUCUCUGCAGGAGAAUGAUUUCUGAAGCAAUUGGUUGCUGUUACAUAGCUGGUUUCCUUGAUUUUAUUUUAACAGGAGACGUUACUUAUUUUCUUCCUUUGGUGGCAUAGAAUGUACAUUAUUUAAUAUACCUGGAGUCAAGUGAUGAGUAGAUCUUGCCAGGGCAUUGUUUCUGUGUUUCUCUUUAAACACUGAUUGAUUGAGACCUUUUUACACUUUUUUUCUUUUUAUAUUGAAUUUUUCAGCCUGUAUAUUAACAAUCCACUGUUAUUUGGCAUUCAUUAAUGUAAGUGCUGGUAAUAUACUUGUGUUACCACUAAUUAGUACUGUCACUGUGCUGAUUCUAAGAUGUCAUUUCAACUCCUUUUGAUGUAGUUUAGCUACUUGGAAUUUUGUGGCCUACAAGAUAACGCCACGCUAAAUAAUUGCUAGAAAGAGAACAAUAAAGAGCUCUUCUUUCCUACAACUUUAUCAACCUCACUAGGAGCUUCUUCAGCCAAAAUGAACACUUCCUUUUCCACUUUUUCUUUGGUAAUGUGAUUACACUGAUUUGCUGUCUUCUAAUCCUGGAAAUUUUGAAUUGCAUGUUGACCAUUUCUAGCAACGUUUUAGGAAAGCAGAGAAAACUGUGUCAUAAGGAGUUACUGAUCAUAACAGAAUUGAAAUAUUGGAAUUAUGUUGGCUUUCUUUACAAAUAUUACUUCCACUGUUAAGUUUUUAGCAAACCUUUUCUUAGUGUGAUAAAAAUUAAAGAGACACUAAAGGAGUAAACACUUAGCAUGUAAGAGGAAGAGGAUUCAGCUAAAUGAUUUCUAUCUGUAUAAAUGAAAAAUGGCUUGUGGAAUGUUUGUCAGAACAAAAUAUGUGCUUCAGCUGUCUAUCUUUCAUGCCCAUUAACCAAUCCACUGAUUUCCAUGACACCAACCUGUGCUUGAAACUAGCAGGGCAUUUAACUUGCUGGAUCACUGCUCAGUAGUGAGUAAAGCUCAGUUUUCUAAAAGAUAGAGUUUUGUGUUAUGAUGGAAACUGCUGUCCAAGAGCUGCAUGUGGCCAUUUGAAAUCCUUUAGACUUUUGGCUACACCAUUAUGGGAAUAAAGAUGAAGAGGCUUCAGGAGGAAGUUCAGUUUGAGGAACGGACUUCUGGAAAACCAAAGCCAGGAGAUAGUGAAUAAUGUCUUGGGUUGGAUGGUUGAUGCACUGGGAAUUCUGACAUCAGAUUUCAAGUGUUCUCCCACUGUUUUCCAAGAGGAGUUUGAAUUCCCCAUGCCUUGUGUUGAAGCUUUACUCCUUUGAGUCAGUGCUAUAAUAAGGUUUCUGUUUUAAUUUGGGUGCUGUAUGUAUUCCAGCACAAUCUGCAUUUCUUACACACGAUGUAUAUAAUUCCCUCUGCCUUUUAUAAAAACACCGAUUUACUUAUA